AUGGAGGAAGAGGAAGAUUUAAAUUUACAAAGUAGCAAUAGCAGGGAUUCUGACUAUAUCAGAGAGUGUGAGAUUGAACUUCACAACCUCGAAUAUUCAGGAGAUAUUACCAUUCAAGAUGAUAUAAAUCAUCAGCCUAUUGUGCAGAAAAGAAAAACUCGAGAAGAUGAGACGGAAAGUAGUGAUGGUUUUACAACGGUUGUGCGUAAACCAAAACGCCUUAUACGUAGUACAUCUUUGAUUGAUAAGUCUGUUCAAAAACAAGCGGGAUUUGAGCAAAUGAAAGAUUUUGAGAAAAAAAAUGAAAUUUGUGUUACUUCUAGUACUGAGUUACCUAAGCAGAUGGCGAUGGCACGGUUAUUACUAAGCGAAAAUAUUCAGAAUAUUAUUAAAAUAAAAUACAAAUCUCCCUACAAGGUUUUUAUACAAUUUGAAAACGAAAAUGAUGCCGAAAAAUUGCUCAAUUGCUCAAAAUUCAAAGAUUUAGAUUAUCGUUGUCAAAAGACUUUUGAAAACUCCGUUUCUUAUGGAUUGAUUAAAGGGGUUGAUUUGGAUUUAAAGGAAGAUGAGAUGUUUAAAAUUUUCGAGUGUGAACAUACUAUAUUAAACAUAAAGAGAUUGAAAAGGUUGUCCUCGGAAGGAAAAUGGAUAGAUAGCGAAUCAGUUCGAAUAUGUUUCCAAAAUUCUACCUUACCUCCGUAUGCAUAUGCAUAUGGUUGUAGGUUUAAGGUAGAACCUUUCGUAUUUCCGGUGACCCAGUGCUUUGGCUGUUGGAAGUUUGGACACUAUAUAAAAUUUUGUCCCAGUAAAAAAAUGUUGUGCCCCAAGUGUGGGAAUUCAAGUCAUACAAAUUGUUCAUUAGAGAACAUUAAAUGCUUAAAUUGUAAAGGCUCACAUUUUGUACUUGAUCGAGGAUGCCCAAUGUUUGCGAAAGAAAAAGAAAUCCGUCUUUUGAUGAGUGAACAAAAUAUUACUUAUAAAAAAGCUCUAGAGAUAAUAGCUAUACGACGUGAGGAAAAAAAUAAAUAUAAUUCUCAUAAUGAUGACAACACAGCCAAUAAUGUUGAGAUUGUAAAUAUUGUAACAGAAAAUAAUUUGACUACACCAAAUUUGUACAGCGAUGUUGUGAAAAGAAAAGUUGGAAUACGUGAAACACAAGAUUUGAGUUCUGGUAGCUCUGGAUCAGAAAAUGGGGUUCGUAUUUCAACAGGAAGAAAAUUAAAAAGAGUGCAGAAACAAAGAAGGCAACGUAAUAAUGAAGAUAGAAAUCAAGGUGAAAUAGUUAAAGAAAUGGAAGUAGAUAAUCAUAUUGAAGAAGAAGAAAAUGACACACAAAGUAAUUAUGUAGAAAAGGAAGAAAAUAAAAUAGAUGUUAAAAAGUUACUGGAAAAGUUAUACCAAGCAAUAAUGUCAAAGAAAACGUUUGAGGAAAAAAUUGGUGCAGUUGUUAAUAUUAUUAUUGAGGAAUGUAAAACGUUUAUAGUUAAUUUCUUUAAUAAGUUUAAUUUAUUUGAGAGUAUAUUAGAAGCUGUACUUAAUAAUGGACAGCGAUAG